CCAUGAGGCAGAAACACUACCUGGAGGCUGCGGCGUGGAGUCUACGCGAGAGCUGCCCGGGCCAGGCCCGCUAUCUCCUCUGGACGUACGGCUCGUUACACGGUGAUAAUAGUACUUUUGAAAGAACAUGCCCAUACUGUUUCCAGUUGUUAGUUCUGGAUAACUCUCGAGUACGUCUCAAACCCAAGGCUAAACUGACACCCAAAAUACAGAAACUUCUUCAUCGAAAAGCAAGAAAUUAUACACUCAGUUUUAAAGAAGCAAAAAUUGUGAAAAAGUACAAAGAUUCCAAAAGUGUACUGUUGAUUACUUGUAAGACAUGCAAUAGAACAGUUAAACAUCAUGGUAAAAGCAGAAGCUUUCUAUUGGCACUGAAGAGCAGUCCUGCCACUCCUACCAGUAAACUCAGCCUGAAGACACCAGAGAGGAAGACACCAGAGAAAAAGACUCCACAGUCUGCAAACUUAAAUCAUAUGUCUGGUUCCAAAAGCAAGAGCCCAGCAUUAAUUUUCAGAACACCUACAUCUGGACACUCGACACCCAUUUGUUCUUCAAAGAAUGUGAGGAAAAGAAAGAAACACUUCUCUCAACUAAAAAUGUUGCUUAGUCAAAAUGAAUCUCAAAAGAAUCCAGAGGUGGACUUCAGAAAUUUCCUGUCUUCUCUGUGAAGGGCGGGACUUUGAAAGUCAGGAAUGUCUAGUGCAGUUUCUGAAACUAAAGUUUAUGAGCAACUUUUUUUUUUUAACUUUUAUUUAUUCUUUGAAUACAUGGAAACUGGAUCCAAGAACAAAUUUCUUAGCAUCCCUCAAUAUUUAUGGGAAAAAUAUCUCACAGGGAAGGUAGUUGUGAGGAUCAAAACAUGAGUGAAUGGUUCUUGUAAAUAGUGAAGGUGUAUUUGGACAUCGAGUAAUGGUACUAUUUUCUCCUUUAGUUUUAAGCAGAUUUCAUUAUGCCAUUUUCUUUAAAAGGAAAUUGAGAUCUUAAUAAUAAGAGGGUCUAUUCAUUAAGAUACCUUCCAUGUCUUUAGCCUUAUUACUAAUUCACAAAAGGGAUCAAGUGUGUGUCCUUAUUUUCUCAGUCAUAGUCAUAACUGUAUUAGUAAAAAUCUGAUUAUUCCUAUUUUGAAUGCAAAAAUAAGAAUCUGACACAUUCUCUUUUUUUGGUGUUAGGACCUCACAGAUGCUAGUCAUGUACUCUAUCACUGACCUAUACUCAGCCCAAUAUUCUUGAUUAUAAGUGAUUAAAUAAAACACUGAAAUUUCCAUUCUUAGAACUUUCUGUUGUUGCUAUAGUAAUAUUUUUCCUGAAAGUGGCAUUUUAAUUUGCUUUGGUGAAGACUUAUUUCUGUGUCUAAAAAUUGUAUCAAUAUAACAUAGUAACAAUUUUUCUUAAAACAACAGCAUAAUUUUUUGGUUUUUGCAGGACUGGUAU